UGAGGAUGAUGCUGGGACUAGACUUGGUUUCAGUUCAUCACAGGAAUUUAACCCUGAACAACCUCAAUGUUCCGAAUGGAGAGCCGCUUUUUCAAAACAGAGUGAGUGUCCACUGGCUGGGGGACUUUGUGUUUGUGGAGAGCGGUCUGGGGGUCCGAGUGAAGUUUGAUCUGGGGAACACCGUGUACCUGACGGUGACCGCUGAACACCUGGCAGCAACCAGAGGGCUGUGUGGAGUCUACAACAACGACGCUGAUGAUGAUUUCACCACGAUGGGUGGAACUGUGUCCCAGUAUGCUGCCAGCUUUGGCAAUUCAUGGAAAGUACCGGACCAGCACAGCGAAGGCUGCAGUGAUGCCGCUGAGCUCGGCCACAGCUGCGAUGUCUCAGGAGACCCGGCCCUCCGUUGGCAGGCAGAAUCAGUGUGUCACCGACUCCUGGAAGCCCCUUUCACACACUGCUACCCCCGGGUAGACCCAGCAGCCUACAUAGACACCUGUCUUUACCUGUACUGCAGCCUGCCACCCAGAGAGAGGAAGGAAGCAGUGUGUGACACCUUGGCCAGCUACGCCCGAGAGUGUGCCCAGCAACACGUCAUCCUAACAUGGAGGACAGCCACCUUCUGUGGUCGUGUCUGUCCCAGAGGUCAGGUGUUUUCAGACUGUGUGUCCUCCUGUCCACCCAGCUGUUCAUCUCCACAACCCCCAGGGCCUGCUGCCGUCAUGGGCCAGUGCAGGGAGGAGUGUGUGGGGGGCUGUGAGUGUCCUCCAGGUCUCUACCUUCACCAGAGACUCUGUCUGAAAAGAGACGACUGUCCUUGUUUCCAUCGCAGACGCACCUACCAGCCAGAGGACAGGAUACAGCAGAGAUGCAACACUUGUGUGUGCAGAGCAGGCCAGUGGCAGUGUACUGGUGAGAAAUGUGCCGCCCAGUGCACCCUGAUGGGGGCUCUGCAGGUGACCACGUUUGACAGAAAGAGAUAUUCACUGCAGGGAGGAGACUGUUCCUUCACUGCUGUGGAGGACUUUGUUGACAGGAAGCUGGUGGUGAGUGUUCGCUGUGGGGAGUGUGCAGCAGCAGCAGGAGGAGGAGGAGGAGGAAGAGGAGGAGGACCGGGCUGUGUGAAGGAGAUAUCAGUCACGGCACUCCGUACCACAGUCACCAUCACAGACACCGGUGCAGUGACGCUGAAUAACCAGAGGGAGACGCUGCCUGUGGUGUCAGGGGACCUGGUUGUGCGUCGAGCCUCUUCUACAUUUCUCCUCAUCCAGACAUUUGGAGCCCAGAUUCUUUGGUAUCUAGAAGGACCGUUGGCCCUCAUAACGCUGCAGCCUGGCUUUGCGAACAAGGUGCGUGGUCUGUGUGGGACGCUGACGUGGAACCAGCAUGAUGACUUUACCACCCCAGAGGGAGAUGUGGAGAACAGUGUGUCAUCCUUUGCAAGGAAAUUCACAACAGAACGCUGCACUCUGCCUGGAGGUGCUCCCCCUGAACCCUGCUCCACCUACACCCAGAGGAGACACUAUGCAGAGACAGUGUGCACCAUCAUUCACAGCCCUGUGUUUCAGGGGUGUCAUGACGUGGUGGAGAGGGAGCCUUAUUUCCGUCUCUGCCUAUCAGAGGUUUGUGGCUGUGCUUCACAGACGAUCUGCCACUGCACCGUCCUCACUGCUUACGCCCGACACUGUGCUCAGGAAGGCGUCAAGGUCCACUGGCGCAACCACACCUUCUGCCCGGUCCAGUGUUUGGGGGGUCAAAUGUACCAGGAGUGUGGUCGGGUCUGUGGCGGCUCCUGCUCAGACCUGCGACAAGGCUGGACCUGCGAUGACAGCGGUGGUGGAAUCAGUCACAGAAUGUGUGUUCCAGGUUGCCAGUGCCCACUAGGACUGGUACAGGACCACCAGGGCCAGUGCGUGCCCAUCGCUUUGUGCCCCUGUGUGCAAGGAGACAAGAUGUAUUCACCUGGGACUGUAGUCCAAAACAGCUGCAACACCUGUGUGUGUGAACAGGGGCUCUUUAACUGCACUCAGGAGCACUGUGAAGAGGUGAACCGGUGUCCUGGAUCUCUGGUCUACUCUCCACGCUCCUGCCUGCUCACCUGCUCCAGCCUGGACCCUCCUGGCCAGCAGCAGGCCUCCAGCGUCCCACAAUCCAGCUGCAGGGAGCCACUGUCUGGCUGCGUCUGUCCUCAGGGAGCUGUCUUGCUAGGUGAUCGCUGUGUUCUGCCGGAUGAGUGCCCCUGUCAUCAUAAUGGUCGACUUUAUUAUAGUAAUGACACCAUCACUAAAGACUGUAACACAUGUGUGUGUAAAGAGCGUCGCUGGCACUGCAGCCAGUCUGUCUGUGUUGGUGUUUGUGUUGCAACCGGUGAUCCACACUAUGUGACGUUUGAUGGCCGCUGCUACUCCUUCUUGGGUGACUGCCAGUAUGUGCUGGCGAGGGAGACCAGUGGUUUAUUUAGCGUCACGGCAGAGAAUGUGCCAUGUGGGAGCACUGGGGUCACCUGCACAAAGUCAGUCACCCUCAGCCUGGGAAACACCGUCAUACACCUGCUGAGAGGUAAAGCUGUGACAGUGAAUGGGAUGCCAGUUACACUACCAAAGUCCUACAGUGGCAGUGGUCUGACGCUGGAAAAAGUAGGCCUGUUUGUAUCCCUGUCCUCCCGGCUUGGAGUCACUCUGCUGUGGGAUGGAGGUAUGCGAGUGUAUGUGCGUUUGGCGGCCCACCUGCGGGGUCGGGUUGGGGGUCUGUGCGGUAACUUUGAUGGGGACACAGAGAAUGACUUCACAACACGGCAAGGAAUCGUAGAGUCUACAGCUGAGCUGUUUGGAAACUCCUGGAAGGUCAGCCCCUCCUGCCCUGAUGUGGCCAACCAGGACCUUCGAGACCCCUGUGCUCUGAACCCCCACAGAGUGACAUGGGCCAGGAAAAGGUGUGCUGUUCUGACCCAGGAGGUCUUCUCCCUGUGCCACCCCGAGGUGCCCUUCCAGCAGUAUUAUGACUGGUGUGUCUUUGAUGCUUGUGGCUGUGACUCAGGUGGGGACUGUGAGUGUGUCUGUACAGCCAUUGCUGCCUAUACUGAGGAGUGCAACCGACGAGGCGUCUACAUCCGCUGGAGGUCCCAGGAGCUCUGCCCUCUGCAGUGUGAGAAUGGGCUGGUCUACGAUCCCUGUGGUCCUGCUUGUUCUCCUUCUUGUCCCAGUGUUCAGCAGAGUCCACAUUCCCAGUGUGGGGCUCUGUCCUGUGUGGAGGGCUGCUUCUGUCCUGCUGGCACUGUCCAACAUGGUGACAGGUGUGUAGCGCCCACCCAGUGUCCGUGUGAGUGGGAGGGCUCCAUGUUUCCACCUGGAACUACCAUCACUCAGCACUGCUUGAACUGCACCUGUGAGGAAGGUGUGUGGCAGUGUGAAGGUGUGGCUUGUCCUCCUCCCUCCCUUACCUGUCUGGAGUCAGAGUUUACCUGUGCUGGGGGGCGCUGCAUCCCCUCUCAGUGGGUUUGUGACAACGAGGAUGACUGUGGAGAUGGUUCAGAUGAGGCCUGUCCAUCCACCUACUGUGGAGUCGUGUGUGAUGAAGGGGAGUUCCUGUGUGCUGGAGGACGCUGUAUUCUCUACAUCCACCGCUGUGACGGUCAUGAUGACUGUGGGGACUUCAGUGAUGAGAGGGGGUGUGUGUGUGGACCAGGAGAGUUUCAAUGCCCAGGGGAUCUGUGUGUCCCUGCAGAUAGAGUGUGUGAUGGACACAGAGACUGUCCCUCUGGAAUAGAUGAGGCGGUCUGUCCAGUGACCUGCGGUCCAGACCAGUUUGCCUGCAGAGGUGGUACAUGUGUUCCCACAUCUAAGCUGUGUGAUGGAAUACCAGACUGUCCAGGCAGAGAGGAUGAGAACAAAACCAACUGCUACACUAGCAUAAUAACACCAUCACUCCCACCUGUCACCCCGUCGUUUGACUCGUCUUAAACAACAAAAUCUUCUCCAGCUUGUAGGUCCUAUGAGUUCAGCUGUGCCACAGGGGGGCAGUGUGUACCUCAGGCCUGGCGUUGUGAUGGUGAAACAGACUGUAUGGAUGGUAGUGAUGAGCAGCAGUGUGCAGCUCCAUGUGGCCCAGGCCAGGUCUCUUGCUCCAGUGGGGACCAGUGUGUGGACCACCAGCAUCUCUAUAAAACACCAGUGCCUCCUAGCAGUAGGAACGCCACUGUCACCUGCCCUGAAUUCACCUGUAUGGAUGGAACCUGUGUCCCCUUUAACAUGGUGUGUAAUGGUUUGGCAGACUGUCCAGACUCCUCACCACUUGGAGGCCCUACAGAUGAGCAGGGAUGUAGACCUUGGAGCACAUGGGGCCCCUGGAGCCCCUGUAGCACCACUUGUGGGACAGGGUCCAUGAACCGGAGGAGAUCCUGCCCUCCCGGGGAACCACUGCGCAACUGUCGGGGCCAGGAUGUCCAGAGGCAGCAGUGCUUCAACAUCACCUGCCCUGUGGAUGGUGAGUGGCUGCCAUGGGUGAGCUGGUCCAACUGUUCCAGUGGUUGUGGUGGAGUUCAGGUCAGACACAGAGACUGCAUCCCUCCUCGCCAUGGAGGCCGACACUGCUCCCAGCUCGCUGGACCAUCUAACCUUCCCAUGGAGAUCAAACCAUGUCCUGAUGAUGGAUGUGCCAACAGCAGCUGUCCCACUGGCCUGGUGAGACUCAGCUGUGCUCCCUGUCCACUGUCCUGUGCUCACAUCAGCAGUGGGACGACCUGUGAUCCCACGGCUCCCUGCUUCUCGGGCUGCUGGUGUCCAAAGGGUCAGGUGAUGAGCCAUACACAGCAGUGUGUUCCACCAGAGGAGUGUGCAUGUGAAGUGGCAGGUGUGCGCUACUGGCCGGGCCAGCAGAUAAAAGUGGACUGUGAGAUUUGUGUUUGUGAGAGAGGACAACCUCAGAGAUGUCAGCCCAACCCAGAUUGCUCAGUGCACUGUGGCUGGUCUUCAUGGACGGAGUGGGGAGAGUGUUUAGGGCCCUGUGGUGUCCAGAGCGUCCAGUGGUCGUUCCGCAGCCCCAAUAACCCCACCAAGCUCGGAGAUGGGAGAACAUGCAGGGGAAUUUAUAGGAAAGCCCGCCGGUGUCAGACUCAUCCCUGUGAUGAGUGUGAGUAUCAGGGUCAGUCCCAUACGGUGGAAGAUCGAUGGAGGUCAGACCACUGUCAGUUAUGCCACUGUCUUCCCAGCCUGACGGUGCAGUGCUCCCCCUACUGUCCAUAUGCUGCCACCGGAUGUCCUCAGGGACUGACUCUGGUGCUUGGAGAGGGAGACAGGUGUUGUUACUGCCAAGGAGAAAAUGGCACCAUACUAGUGACAAUCAGCCCUGACACUGUUACCUCUCAGCCAGCAGAGGGGGCUACACCCCUGGUCCCCACUUAUCCACUUCCUCCUGGAGAUGAGUGCUGGACUCCUCUGGGUGUCCAGUCUCUGCCAGCCUCCUGCUUCAGUGCUUCAUCCCAGCAGGCCAGUCACCCUCCUGAUGCAGCUCGUCUGCACGGUCCAGAACCAGAGGAAUAUAAGGACCUCCCCCAGCGGAGACCAGAGGGACGCAGUAGCAACACACAAAGCCCCUACCUCCAGAUAAACCUGCUGCAGCUGUACAACAUCACUGGUGUGUUGACACAGGGUGGUGGUGUGUUUGGCACAUUUGUGUCCAGCUUCUACCUCCAGUUCAGCCUGAAUGGACAACAGUGGUACACCUACAAAGAGCUGGUCACUGACGCUCGACCCAGAGCAAAGGUUUUUCUUGGGAAUCAUGACGAUCGAGGGGUAUCGGAGUGCAGGCUGGACAGGAUGGUGAUGGCUCAGUUUGUUCGUCUGCUGCCCCAUGACUUUGAGAACGGCAUCUACCUUCGACUGGAGAUCAUGGGCUGUGGUGAUGGUUAUCACUGGUUAACGUCCCCCACCCCUCCCUCACCGAUCUCACCAGGAGGUGGCUGUAGAGAGAAAGAGUUCCAGUGUGGAAAUGGUCGCUGUGUGCCGGCAGGCCCACUGGGGGUGGUGUGUGAUGGAGUCAAUGACUGUGGGGACAGAUCUGAUGAGAUGUUCUGUGGCACUGAGCCCUCCCCUACAGCCACAAGUCCACGAAGCUGCCCUGCUGGUAAGUUCUCCUGCCCUCCACCAGGGGGCUGCAUUCAGGCUGUGCAGCGUUGUGAUGGAGUUCCACAUUGCCCCAGAGGAGAGGAUGAAGAUGGAUGCCACCCCUACGACAACAUGACCACUCAGUCAGACAGGCCGUACACAACCAGUCCUGCUCCGCUGAGGACUCCAUCUAUGGCGGCUGUCACUCAUCCUGCAGUAAAACCAACUGAUGGAGGUCCAGGAUAUCACGGCAUCUGUUCCUCUCCUCUUGGACUGGAGGAUGGGAGGAUCCGUUAUGGUCAGCUGUCCUCAUCCUCAGACCGUGAGAACAACCCUGCUGAUGCUGGACGACUGAACAUUAUUCCUAAUGUUCAGGUUAUGGAGCCUGGUUGGAGCCCUUUGCCUACAGAUCCCCGGCCAUAUUUUCAGGUGGAUUUCCUCGAACCCACAUGGAUAUCAGGGGUUGUGACACAGGGCAGUGAACGCAUGUGGGGCUACCUCACUAAAUACCGCCUGGCAUUUGCCCUGCAUAGCAGCCUCUUUACAGAGUACACUGAGAAUGGGGAGCCUGGUGGACCUGCCAAGAUCUUUGAGGUGCGGAUGGUGGGCAGGACCCCUGUGACCCGCUGGCUGGGUCGGCUUGUUAGAGCUCGCUACAUGCGCAUCAUUCCCACGGAGUUCAGACACAUCUUCUACCUGCGUGUGGAGAUCCUUGGCUGCAGAGGUGAUGAGCUGGUGACCCCCAGCAGUGUGACCAGGUCUCCCUCUGGUGGUGGAAAAGUGACAGUGCAGCGCUGUAAGCCAGGCCAGUUUUCAUGCCACCACAGUGGAGAGUGCGUCUCUGUAUCUGUGCUCUGUGACAGUCGACCGGACUGCAGGGACCAUUCUGAUGAGAUCAGCUGUGGCACAACUCCAACCAGAGGCCUUCCAGGGCUGCAGAACCAGACCAGCCCCACUGGGAGACCGGGUUUCCAUGGUGCCAGUACGACAGGUACCCCAGGUCUCCACACCACAAGGUCUCCAGGUGGACUUCCAGGUGUGGCAACAUCAGGGGUCACAACCCCAAGUACUCGGGUCACUACAGGUCACCCUGGACUGCAUCUGACCACAUCGGUCCGCCCUGGUAGACCUGGUCUUCAGACCACAAAGGCUCCAUCCAUCACCACCAGCCCCCAUGACGGCGGCCUCCCCAGAGUGCUUUGCGUGGAGAGCCAGUUCCAGUGCUGGUCAUCUGGCUGUGUGGACUCAGCACAAGUGUGUGAUGGCAGACCGGACUGUUUGGACGGAUCAGAUGAAGAACGCUGUGGCACCACAGUAAGGCCAACAGUAACUCCUCAGCGCCCCCUGGUCCCCAGCCGCUGCUCUCCCAAGCAGUUUACUUGUGACAGCGGGGACUGUAUUCACCUGGACCGCAGGUGUGACCUGCAGAAAGACUGUGUGGAUGGAUCAGAUGAAAGAGACUGUGUGGACUGCAUCAUGUCCCCAUGGACAGCAUGGAGUGCCUGCAGUGUGUCAUGUGGUCUCGGCUCCUUGUUCCGGCAGAGGGACAUAAUAAGGGAGGCUCUGCCUGAAGGAGCCUGUGGUGGAGCUCAGUUUGACAGUCGAGCCUGCUUUGAUAAAGCGUGUCCAGUUCAUGGUCUCUGGUCAGAGUGGACAGAGUGGUCAAAGUGUGAUGCUCAGUGUGGAGGAGGAGUCAGGCAGAGGAACCGAACCUGCUCUGCUCCUCCUCCUAAGAACAAUGGACGGGACUGUGAGGGUUUGACCCGACAGAGCCAGAGCUGCAACAACCAGCCCUGCACCAAAGAGACCGGAACACAGACAGGUUGUGUGAAUGGCAUGGUGCUGGUGACAGAGGAAGACUGUCAAGCUGGAAGAGUUGAUCCCUGCCCUCCUACCUGCUCACAUCUCAGCUGGGCCAACAACUGCACUGCAGCAUGCAUACAGGGGUGUCGCUGUCCCUACGGGCUCUACCUGCAGGAGGGGCGGUGUGUUAAUUCCAGCCAUUGUGUCUGUAACUUGGAUGGCCAAAUUCUGCAGCCAGGACAGGUGAUCAGCAGGGACCGGUGUACCACCUGUAUGUGCAGAGAUGGGCAGGUCACCUGUAACACAUCCAGCUGUGUGGCCAGCUGUCAUUGGUCAGUCUGGUCGUCAUGGUCACCAUGUGAUGUAACCUGUGGUCUGGGGCUACAGCAACGCUACAGAUCUCCAGUGAAUCCUGCAGAAGCAGUGAGAGUCCAGCCUUGUCCAGGAGACUCCUCUGAGGCCCGGCAAUGCUCCAGUCCAUGCGUCCCUGUGUUGCCAGACGGUGUCUGGAGUAAAUGGACCUCCUGGUCAGAGUGCAGUAAGACGUGUUUCAACCACGUAGAUGAUGUAGGAAGUAAACAACGAUUCCGCACCUGCAACCACACACUCCCACUGUCCAACCACAGUCAUGCACAGUCCCUCUGUGAUGGAGAUGGUGACGAACAAGAGCCCUGCAACACUGUUUACUGUCCAGUGCACGGUGGUUGGUCAGCCUGGUCUCUGUGGACUGAGUGUUCAUCCCAGUGUGACUCUGGUGUCCAGACCAGAGAGAGAUUCUGCAGUUCACCAGCACCACAGCAUGGGGGCAAUAGCUGCACUGGGCCUCAUAUCCAGACAAGAGACUGCAACUCCCAUCCCUGUUCAGGUGUGUGUCCAGAGGGCAUGAUGUACCUGGCAGCUGCUGAGUGCGAGGCUCAGGGAGGUGCGUGUCCACGGGUGUGUUUGGACAUGACCUCUGCAGAGGUUCAGUGUGCCACUGCCUGCUAUGACGGCUGCUACUGUGCCCUGGGCUUCUACCUGCUCAACGGCAGCUGUGUGCCUCUGGAACAGUGCCCAUGUUACCACCAGGGGGCGACGUACCCAGCUGGAGCCACCCUGCUUGUUGAUGCCUGUAAUAACUGCACCUGCACUAAUGGAGGGUUGGAGUGUGGGACAUCUCCCUGCCCUGUGGAUUGUGGCUGGAGCAGCUGGACUCAGUGGAGCGCCUGCAGCCGAACGUGUGAUGUUGGUGUGAGAAGAAGGUAUCGUUCAGGAACCAAUCCUCCUCCUGCAUUCGAUGGUCAUCCCUGCAAAGGAGACAGGGUUGAAAUUGACACCUGCAGCAUUGAGCCCUGCAUUGCUGUAAAGGAGCCGUGGAGUGCGUGGUCAGAGUGCUCAGUCACAUGUGGAGGAGGAUACAGGACCAGAACCCGUGGGCCAAUCCGGAUCCACGGCACCGCUCAGCAGUUCAGCACCUGUAACCUGCAGCCCUGUGGUAAAGGAGAAGAGUGUCCUCCAGGUCAGCAGUGGAAUCAGUGUGUGACCGGAGCAGUGUCCUGUUCAGACCUCACCAUGGACCUCAGCAGGAACUGCACACCAGGAUGCCAGUGUCCACAUGGGACUGUCCAGCAGGAUGGUCGUUGUGUUCAGGAGUCUGACUGUCGCUGUGACGUUGAUGGAGAGAAGCACAGACCCGGAGACUCUGUCCAUAUAGACUGCAACAACUGUACAUGUGAAGGAGGAAGACUGGUAAACUGCUCUCAAGUCAACUGCAACGCUGACGGCCAGUGGUCUCUAUGGACUCCAUGGGGUCAGUGCUCGCUGACAUGUGGACUGGGUCUCCAGUCUCGGUACCGAUUUUGUUCCAGCCCUCAGCGUGUUGGCAGUGGACCCCCAUGUCUAGGCCCUCACCGUCAGGACCAAGUCUGCAUCACUGCCCCAUGUGACCGUGAUGGUGGCUGGGGUCAGUGGAGUUCUUGGACAGCGUGCUCCAAGUCCUGUGGUGGAGGGGUGCAGAGCCGGAGGAGAGCAUGUGACAGCCCCGGUCCAGAGGGGGAGGGGGACUACUGUGAGGGUCUGGGAACUGAAGUCAAAGCCUGCAACACUGACCACUGUCCAGUGGCACCGUGCUCCCAGGUCCCAGGCACCGUGUUCAGCAGCUGUGGACCCUCCUGCCCACGCUCCUGUGAUGACCUGGCACACUGUGAGUGGCGUUGUGAGCCCGGAUGCUACUGUACAGAGGCCAGAGUUCUGUCUGCUAACGGGACAGUCUGUGUAGAGAGGGUAGACUGUCCCUGCUUGGACCUGAACACAGGACAGAGACUUGAACCAGGAGAGACCACAGAGGCCCCUGAUGGAUGCAACAACUGCACUUGUGAGGGUGGGAGGCUCAACUGCACCAGAGACCCCUGCCCAGUGCCAGGCGGCUGGUGUGAGUGGUCAGAAUGGACUCCCUGCUCCAGGACCUGUGGGGCAGAGUCGAUGUCCCGCUAUCGGAGCUGUGGCUGUCCUGAGCCCAGGGCUGGAGGGGAGCUCUGCCCCGGGGAACAGGAAAUACACAACAGGAUUGGAGUUCAGCUCCAGAGACAGCCCUGCCCUGUGAUGACCUUCUGUCCAGUUCAUGGUUCAUGGAGUUCAUGGUCAGCAUGGUUGGAAUGUGAUGGGUGUGCCGGCUCGUCCACUCGUACCAGGGAGUGCAACAGUCCUCCCGCCAGGUUUGGUGGUCUGCCCUGUCUGGGGGAGGGCAGGCAGAGCCGCGGUUGCCAUGACAACAUCACUGUCUGCUCAGACUGUGGUGGAGGCCAGGAGGAAUGGACCUGUGGGAAGCCCUGUCCUCGCUCCUGUUCGGAUCUCCAUGGUGACACGGAGUGCUUGGACUCCCCUGGGUGCAGCUGGACCUGUGGUUGUCCAGGUGACAAGGUGCUGCAGGACGGAGUGUGUGUGGACAGGGAGGAGUGUCGCUGCAGAUACCACAACAGCUCUGCUACUGAUGGUCUGGAGUCCAGUAAUACAUCAUGGGUUUGGCCUGGUGGAUCUGAUUGGCAGUUUGCAAAUCCAGGAGACAACAUAAUCAGUGACUGCAAAAACUGUUCAUGUGAAGCUGGGGUUCUGCGGUGUCUGUCUUUCCCUGGUUGCCACGUUGAUGGUGGCUGGAGUCAAUGGGGAGCCUGGACUGAGUGCUCAGUUCCCUGUGGUGGAGGAGUGAAGUUCAGGAGACGUCUGUGUGAUAAUCCUGCCCCUCAGAGUGGCGGUAGAGGAUGCCUGGGUGUCGCUGAGCAGCAGAAACACUGCAACAUAAAGCUGUGCACAGACUCUGAGGGCCCGUGGCUGGCCUGGUCCCAGUGGUCCGGGUGUUCGGUCAGCUGUGGUGGAGGCCAGCAGUCACGCUCUCGCUUCUGCAGCUCUCCACCUUGCAGUGGCUUCAGUCAGCAGAGCAAAACAUGCAACACCCACGUCUGCCUCGAUGUCGGCUGCCCUCCCGGCAGGCUGUACAGAGAGUGUGAACGAGGUGAAGGCUGUCCCUUCAGCUGUGCUCAGGUCAGCGGUAGAGACGGCUGCUACACUGAUGGCUGUGAAGAAGGCUGCCACUGUCCCCCACAGACCUACCAACAUCACGGAGUCUGCGUGCUGGAGUGUCCAUGUUUUGUGGAUGAAGAGCUUCUGACUUCUCUGCAGAGUGUCUCUGUCACACCAGUCUCAUCUUUAUUUUUUCAUAACAUCUCAGAAGGGACGGAGCUCCAGUCUGGAGAUACGUUUGUCCAUGACUGCAGCACCUGUACCUGUGAGCAUGGCAGGUGGAACUGUUCCUUGGAUCACUGCCCAGUCGAUGGUGGUUUGUCAGCUUGGAGUUCUUGGAGCCCCUGCUCGCUGUCCUGUGGUGGUCUUGGACUGAAGACUCGCUCUAGAGGCUGCACAAACCCUACCCCAGCACAUGGAGGGAGAGACUGCCAGGGGCCACGGCAGGAAACCACCUACUGCCAGGCCCCUGACUGUCCAGCAGUUGUAGUUGUUCCAACAGAAGAACCAACAUUACCAGAUGAGGAUUCUGGCUUCUCUCUUUGGUCAUUAUGGAGUCCCUGCACUAAGACCUGCACUGAUACUCUCAACCCAGCCAUGAAGUCCCGUCAUCGCCGAUGUAUCUCACCUCCCUGCUCUGGAAGCUCUCACCAGGAGAAGGCUUGCAACUUGCCCCAAUGUUCAGGCGAGGUAUGUUUAGGAGACAACUGUGCACGGAGGAACUGCUCGUGGACAGAGUGGGGGGUGUGGGGCUCCUGUUCGCGGUCCUGUGGAGUGGGGCAGCAGCAGAGGAUCAGAACCUUCCUCAUUCCCGGCACUAACGGCUCAUGGUGUGAGGACAUCCUUGGAGGGAACCUGGAGCAUCGCUUCUGUAACAUCCGGCCCUGCAGAGUGGAUGGAGGCUGGUCCCACUGGAGUCCCUGGUCUCGCUGUGAUAAGCGCUGUGGUGGUGGACGCUCCAUACGCACUCGCUCCUGCUCCAGCCCUCCAUCGAAGAAUGGUGGGAAGAAGUGUGAAGGAGAGAAGAACCAGGUCAAACCCUGCAACACCAAACCUUGUGAUGAAAAAGGGUGCCCAAUGGGCCAGGAGUUCGUGUUGUGUGCCAACCAGUGUCCACAGCGCUGCUCUGACCUCCAGCAGGGAAUAGAGUGCCAGGGCAACAACAAAUGUCAGCCUGGCUGUCGCUGCCCUGAAGGUGAGCUGCAGCAGGACGGGGUAUGUGUGCAGCUGUGGCAGUGUGAUUGUGUGGACUCACUGGGGCAGGUCUGGGCGGCCGGCAGCUGGCAUCAGGUGGACUGUAACAACUGUAGCUGCACUGAUGGACAGCUCCUCUGCACCAAUCACAGCUGCCAGCCUACCUGUGUCUGGAGCUCCUGGUCCAGCUGGGCACCAUGCAGCAUUUCCUGUGGGGAGGGCCAGAGAACCAGAUACAGGUCUCUGAUCCCAGAAACUGAAGGACUAGACUGUCACUUUGAGGAAGUCCAGCACAAACCCUGUAAGCCAGGACCCUGUCCACCUCUCUGUCUCCUGGACAACCAGGAUCUGAGUGUGGGAGACACCUGGCUUCAGGGAGAGUGUGAACAAUGCACGUGCACCCCAGAAGGAGUUUACUGCCAAGACAUCGACUGCAGAGUGGAUGGUGGGUGGACCCCCUGGUCCGUGUGGUCUGACUGCUCAGUGACCUGUGGACGGGGCUCACAUGUUCGGACUCGAGCCUGUAUUAAUCCUCCACCACGGAACAACGGCUCUCACUGCAGCGGGCCAGAAAGAGAAACCCAGACCUGCUGGACCUCUCCCUGCCUCGAUGACCUCUGUCCCUGGUCGCCAUGGUCACCAUGCUCCCGGAGCUGUGGGGCGGGGUCUAUGUUUCGACGCAGGGUGUGUGUGUGUGAGGAGGGAGGAGAUGCAGCAUGUUCCUCUGAGAUCGAGGCUCAGAGGAACCGUGAGGAGACCCAGCUAUGCUACAAGCAGCCCUGUCCAGGCUGUCCCAUGUCAGCUUGGAGUGUUUGGUCUUGGUGCUCCUGUGAGUCUCAGAGGCAGCAGCGCUACCGUGUAGCUCUGUCCUCUGCCACCAGGGGGCAACAGUGCACUCCUGUAGAAACACAGAGCAGGACGUGCACGCUCAGUCAGUGUGACGCAUGUGAAGCCCCGUUUGUGUACUUGGCAUGUGGUGCCCCCUGUGAGAAGCAGUGUUCCCUGUGGCGCCAUGAAGAUUUGUGUUCAGGGGUCCAGGAGUGCAUGCCUGGAUGUUACUGCCCACAGGGCCUGCUGCAGCAGAACGGUAGUUGUGUUCCUUCAGAGGAAUGUGGCUGCAUCCACCCACAGCACCAGGUUUCAGGACAACCACCCACUCCUGUCACCAUCCUCCAGGGCUCCACCGUCACCAUCGGCUGUAAUACCUGCGUUUGCCAUGAUGGAACUCUGCAGUGUGACAUGAAAGAGUGUAAAGUCAUCCUCAGCGAGUGGUCAGAGUGGACUCCCUGUUCUCCCUGUGUACCCUCUUCCUCUCUGCAGCACAACUCCUCAGCAGCAGGGUUUCUCCAUGACACUAACAUGGUCUCAAUCCAGAGGCGCUUCCGGGCCUGUUUGGACCUGGAUUCUGGUCUUCCCAUCACUAGAGAGGAAGAGAGCCAGUGUCCAGGACUGCUGGUGGAGGAGAGGCUCUGUCCAGAUGCUAACAUUUGCAGAGAUCUCUGUCACUGGAGUGUGUGGAGCAGCUGGACGGUGUGUGCAGAGCCGUGCAGUGGUGGAGUCAGGCAGCGCUUCAGACAGCCUCUGGCUUCUCCUGUAGGACCCCGCUGUCGCAGCCAACAGACACAAAGCCAGAGCUGCAACACAGGACUCUGUCCAGGUGAGCGCUGUGAGGAUAGGGGGCGGAGCUACCAGGAGAGCUGUGCCAAUCAGUGUCCUCGCAGCUGUGCUGACUUAUGGGAGCAUGUUCAGUGCCUCCAAGGAUCCUGCCACCCAGGUUGUCGGUGUCCAGAAGGCCAGCUGUUGCAGGACAGUCGCUGUGUGCCGGUAGCAGAGUGUCGCUGUGGUAUCCCAUCAGGCAAUGGGACCCUGGAGUUCAUACCUGAAGAGGAGCUCACAAUGGACUGUAACACCUGUGUGUGUGAGAACGGCUCUCUGGUGUGCACCAAACUUCCCUGUCCAGUUUAUGAGCCUUGGAGCCCGUGGAACUCCUGCUCAGCUUCAUGUGGACCUGGCCAGAAAACAAGGACACGCCACUGCCAGGACACAGAGGGCGGUCCUUCCUGUGCUGAAACCACACAGACAGAAAGCUGUGAUCUGCCAUCAUGUCCAGUGGGCUGUUUGCUGAGUGAGUGGUCAGCUUGGAGUGAGUGCAGUGCCUCCUGUGGUGGCGGCUCGUCGAUACGGAACAAGACGGUCCUUCAGGAGCCGGAACCUGGUGGCACGGCCUGUGUUGGACCACUGGAGCAGCACACUGUCUGUAACACCAACAGCUGCCUGCCUGAGUGUCCCAGCAGGCAGGUGUUCAGUGACUGCUCAGCUUCCUGUCCGUAUACCUGUCAGGACCUGUGGCUUCACACUCAGUGUCUGCCUGGACCCUGUACACCUGGGUGCACGUGCCCUUCAGGACAGUUGUUGUAUAGAGGCUCCUGUGUGCUUCAUGUUGACUGUCCCUGCUCACCGCUCUCUCUGCCGCCUGAUUACCAAAGCUGGAACGUCAGCGCUGAGGAUUUCACAGAAGCCCUGCUGCCACCUGGAACUGCCAUUCAGCACCUCUGCAACACAUGUGUGUGCCGAGGUGGAGUGUUCAGCUGUACCUCAGAGCUCUGUGAUGUGGACUGCCAGUGGUCCAGCUGGUCCCCGUGGAGUCCGUGCUCAGCUUCCUGUGGUACUGGACACCAGACCUCCACCAGAUUCAUCCUGCAGCCCAGCCAGUAUGGAGGAGCUGCAUGUGAAGGUCCGAACCACCAAACCACAACCUGCACUGCUCUGGACUGUGAGUGUCCUGAUGGGGAGCAGUGGAGGAGGAGCUCAUCGGAGGAGGGGGCCCCACUUUGUGAGAGGAGCUGCCAGGACAUUUACUCCUCCUCUCCUGUCAACUGCAGCCGGUCCAGCGAGGGCUGUGUGUGUCAGGAGGGGCUUUACCGAAACCUGGACGGAGUGUGUGUCAUCCCCGCCUUCUGCCCCUGCCGUGACCAGGGCGUCCUGCAGGAGGCAGGAUCGGAGUGGGAGGAGGGCUGUCUGUCCUGUACCUGUGUGAACGGAAGGAAACAGUGCCAGCUGAGGUGUCCUCCACUGUCCUGUGAUGAGGGGGAGGUCAAAGUAGAGGAAUCAGGCAGCUGCUGUCCAGUCUGUAGAAAGCAAUUUCCAGGUGAACCGGAGCCAGAGUGUCAUCGCCAUGUGCAGCUUCGCAACAUCACCAAAGGAGACUGUUGGCUGGACAACGUGGAGGUCAGCUUCUGCAGGGGGCGAUGUCUGUCCAGGACCGAUGUCAUCCUGGAGGAGCCCUACCUUCAGUCAAUGUGUGAGUGCUGCAGCUACCGUCUGGACCCAGACAACCCGGUCCGGUUCCUCAGCCUGCAGUGUGAGAGUGGAGACAGUGAGCCGGUCGUCCUUCCAGUCAUCCACAGCUGCGAGUGCACCAGCUGUCAGGGAGGCGACCUGUCCGGACGCUGAGCGACUGUUCAGUGUGUCUGUAAAUGCAUGAACCUCAACCCAACAAGAUGACCACGCUGACACCCAGCUGGGUAAUAGAUGGAUGAUUAUGGGAUGGACAGAUGCAGAUGAAGUCCUGAUGAAGGUCUCUGCUGAUGGAUCUGUAGCCUGUCAUCAUCAUAUGACUGAAUGAACUACUGCUGAUAGUAGAGUUCUUGUUCUGAAACCUGUACAGUCUUUUUCUACUGUGUAUUUAUAGAUUAAAGGACCUAUGAUACAAUCUAAGUAAGACCUAUUAUGCAUUUAAAGAUGUUUCAUAUGUAUGUUUAAAAUGCCUGCGUUAAAUUGGUGUUAACAGUAACUCCUUUGACAUAUCUGCAUGUUUACGGUACAGUUCCAGUGGACUGGUCAAUAAAUAUUUUCUA